AUGACAGAAACAAUCCCAGGUCCACCCGGCCUACCCAUACUUGGUAAUGCCAUGGACGUUGACCCGGCGAAUGCUAUCAUGAGUCUUGGGCUGCUGACGGAUACAUACGGCCCAAUAUUCAAGCUUACUCUGGCAGGUAGGGAGAAACUGUACAUCGGGAGCGUUGAGCUGAUGAACGAAAUCUGCGAUGAGAAGAGAUUUGCAAAAAUCGUCCACGGCCCUUUAGAGCAGGUCAGAACUGGAGUGGCAGAUGGACUUUUUACAGCUCGGCCGGGCGAAGAAGCAUGGGCAAUCGCUCAUCGAACUUUAAUGCCAGCGUUUGGCCCCCUUCCAAUUCAGUCGAUGUUCGAUGAGAUGCACGGGAUUGCUUGCCAGCUGGUUGUUAAGUGGGCGCGAUUUGGGCCAAACGAGAAGAUCAAUGUGACGGAUGACUUUACCAGGCUAACAUUGGAUUCCAUUGCAUUGUGUGCUAUGGGCACCAGAUUCAACAGUUUCUAUCAUGAUGAAAUGCAUCCUUUUGUUGCUGCGAUGGUGGACUUCUUGGUUGAGUCCGGGCAGAGGGCAGGACGGCUGCCUCUGGCUAACUAUUUCAGGCGUACAGCACAGCAAAAGUACGAUGCCGAUAUUGCUUUGAUGAAGAAGGUAGCUACAGAUCUCAUCGCUGAACGAAGGGCAAAUCCUACAGACAAAAAAGACCUACUUAAUGCUAUGCUUCACGGACGGGAUCCAAAAACAGGGCAAGCCCUCACAGAGGACAGCAUAAAAAAUAAUAUGAUCACGUUUCUGAUUGCAGGACACGAGACUACAUCCGGUCUUCUCUCCUUCUUGUUUUACAACCUACUCAAGAGCCCAGCCAGCUACCAAGCUGUGCAGCGUGAAGUCGACGAUGUUAUUGGCAACAAUCCAAUAACUAUUGAGCACAUGUCGAAACUUCCAUACAUUGAUGCCUGCCUGCGUGAAACGCUGAGACUGACACCAACCGCCCCAGCAUUUUCUGUCUCGAUCCGGCCCGACUCAACUGAAGAGUCUACCUUUAUCGGCGGUGGGCGAUACGAAGUUAAAAAGGGCCAGCCUAUGACCGUGCUUCUUCCGAAGAUUCAUAGGGAUCCUUUGGUCUAUGGACCAGAUGCCGACGAGUUCAAGCCCGAGAGAAUGCUACCCGAAGCAUUUAGCAAGCUUCCACCCAACAGCUGGAAACCGUUUGGAAACGGUUCCCGCGCGUGUAUUGGAAGGCCGUUUGCAUGGCAAGAGGCCAUAUUAGCUGUUGCUAUGCUCUUCCAGAACUUUGAUUUCCGCAUGGAGGAUCCCAGUUACCAGCUUGAAAUCAAGACAACAUUGACUCUUAAACCCAAGGAUUUCUACAUGCGCGCAAAUGUCCGGGCUCACAUCGACCCAGAUUACUUAGAGAAAACGCUUUAUGUAGCCCCAUCCAAGGACUCUAAAGCUACAAAUAAGCACUUGAAUGACAAGGCCGUUACGACAACCGGUGGGACUAAGAAACCCAUGUCGAUCUUUUACGGUUCCAAUGCAGGCACCUGCGAAGCUCUGGCCCAAAGCCUUGCUAGAACUGCGUCUAGUCGUGGAUACGAACCCCACGUCAAUGUUCUUGACUCAGCUGUCAACAAGGUUCCCAGCGAUCAGCCCGUGAUACUAAUCUGUUCAAGUUACGAAGGCCAGCCUCCCGAUAAUGCUGCCCAUUUUGUCGAAUGGCUUCAGAAUUUAAAAGGCUCGAAAAUGUUAGGUGUCAAGUAUGCUGUUUUUGGGUGCGGAAACCGUGACUGGGCGUCGACAUUCCACAAGGUACCGCUUCUGCUUCAAUCGGGAUUUGAAGAAAGUGGAGCAGAGAAAAUUGCAGAUAUCGGUCUCGGGGACGUUGCAGGAGGCGACAUUUUCGGUGAUUUCGACAAAUGGCAAGAUGAAAACCUGUGGAAGGCGCUUGGAGGUAACGCAGACGAGCAGGAAGCAGGCAUCGAUGUGGAAGUCGACACAAGCUCCCGGCGGUCCCGAUUACGCCAGGAUGUCAAAGAGGCAAUCGUCUUGAGCAAUGAGUUGUUAACGACUGAAGGGGAGCCCGAGAAGAGACACAUCGCGUUGAAAUUGCCUACAGGGAUGGAGUAUAAGGUCGGCGACUAUCUCGCCGUUCUUCCUUUGAACGAUACCAAGAACGUUAGGCGCGUGCUGAAGUGGGCGAGUUUGCCUCAUGAUGCAACGUUGACCAUCAAGAGCGGUUCGAAUACAACACUGCCUACGGGUCAUCCAAUUUCAGCUGUGGAUGUGCUGGGUGCUUAUGUUGAGCUUGGCCAGCCAGCUACUCGAAAGAAUAUCAUAAAAAUCGCCUCCAGCUGCACAGAUGAGAAGAAGCGGGCGGAAAUUAUGAAGCUCGCAGGUGAUGACUUCGAGAGGGAGGUUAUGCUCAAGCGCCGAUCUCCUUUAGACUUGCUGGAAGAGUAUCCCUCUGCAGCUGGCCUUCCACUUGGAGACUUCCUCGCUAUGCUACCUCCGAUGCGCAUUCGACAAUACUCAAUCUCGUCCUCGCCACUUGCAGAUCCAACAACGGCGACCAUCACCUGGUCGGUUCUCGAUACCCCUUCCAAGGCCGCCUCGUCGAAAAGGUUCCUCGGUGUGGCCUCGAAUUACCUGUCGAGUCUCGAGGAAGGAGACCGCAUGCAUGUUGCGGUUAAGCCGAGCCACGGUCACUUCCACCCCCCGAAAGAUAUCGAAAAUACGCCUGUCAUCAUGAUCUGUGCUGGCACUGGAUUAGCCCCGUUCCGGGGAUUCGCCCAGGAACGUGCGAUGCAGAUCAAAGGAGGACGGAAACUAGCAGCGGCAUACCUAUUCAUCGGAUGCCAGCACCCACAGAAAGACGUCCUCUUCAGCAAUGAACUGCGGCAAUGGGAAAAGGAUGGUGUGGUCGAGGUAUUUUAUGCAUUUUCGAAGGCGAAAGAGCAGAGUAAGGGCUGUCGCUAUGUUCAGGAUCGUGUUUGGGAAGAGAGGGAGCGUAUGAGGGAGGUUUUUGACCAAGGUGCAAAAUUGUACGUGUGCGGAUCAAACACCGUGGGCGAGGGUAUCGGGGUGAUGAUAAAGAAAAUAUACGAGGAGGCAACUGAAGCUAGAGGGAAGUCGAAAACGGACGAAGAGAUCGAGAGUUGGUUCCAGGAUAUUAAAAGUAAUCGGUAUGCGUCAGAUGUUUUUGCAUAG